GUUUGGAAAGAGUUCCAGCUUCAUCACGGAGUUUCUCUCGGUUUGUGGGCUCAUCUAAAGGACCAACGUGGACCGAGAAGUCAGCGCUCUCAGGAGGCCGAGAAAUUCGUUGAAGAAAGAAUUGGAAGAAAAAAUACAGCUGUGACGAGUGUGGGAAAGAUUUUACCGUAAAAGCUGCCCUAAAAAUGCAUCAGGUCAUCCACACUGGAGAGAGACCGUUCAGCUGUGGAGACUGUGGAAAGUCUUUUACGCGUUCUGCAAGUUUAAAAACACACCAACUCAUCCACACUGGAGAGAGACCGUUUAGCUGUGGAGACUGUGGAAAGUCUUUUACCAUGUCUGGACACUUAAAAAGACACCAACUCAUCCACACUGGAGAGAGACCGUUCAGCUGUGGAGACUGUGGAAAGUCUUUUACGCGUUCUGCAAGUUUAAAAACACACCAACUCAUCCACACUGGAGAGAGACCGUUUAGCUGUGGAGACUGUGGAAAGUCUUUUACCAAGUCUGGACACUUAAAAACACACCAACUCAUCCACACUGGAGAGAAACCGUUCAGCUGUGGAGACUGUGGAAAGUCUUUUACCCACUCUAGAGACUUGAAAACACACCAACUCAUCCACACUGGAGAGAGACCGUUCAGCUGUGGAGACUGUGGAAAGUCUUUUACGCAUUCUGCAAGUUUAAAAACACACCAACUCAUCCACACUGGAGAGAGACCGUUUAGCUGUGGAGACUGUGGAAAGUCUUUUACCAAGUCUGGACACUUAAAAACACACCAACUCAUCCACACUGGAGAGAAACCGUUCAACUGUGGAGACUGUGGAAAGUCUUUUACCCACUCUAGAUACUUGAAAACACACCAACUCAUCCACACUGGAGAGAGACCGUUCAGGUGUGGAGACUGUGGAAAGUCUUUUAUGCAGGCUUCAAACUUAAAAAGACACCAACUCAUCCACACUGGAGAGAGACCGUUCAGGUGUGGAGACUGUGGAAAGUCUUUUAUGCAGGCUUCAAACUUAAAAAGACACCAACUCAUCCACACUGGAGAGAGACCGUUCAGCUGUGGAGACUGUGGAAAGUCUUUUAUGGAGGCUUCAAACUUAAAAACACACCAACUCAUCCACACUGGAGAGAGACCAUUCAGCUGUCACGAGUGUGGAAAGUCUUUUACCCACUCUGGAAACUUAAAAAAACACCAACUCAUCCACAGUGGAGUUAAAGCAUACAGCUGUGAUCAGUGUGGAAGAGCUUUUACUGACAGUACGCUUAAAGAAUCAUCUAGUUACCCACUCUGGAAUUAAGGCGUACAGCUGUGACAUUUGUGGAAAAAGUUUUAGCCGGAUAGACAGCCGAAAUACACACCUACGCAUUCACACUGGACAUGAUGUGUACUGCUGUGAUCAGUGUGGCAAACA